AUGGACGGCAACUAUUACAACCCAAACAUGACUAGGAACUCUGGAUCUGAAGGAAACAAUAAUACGGAGCUGAGGAUAGUGAUGGUGGGGAAGACUGGAACUGGAAAGAGUGCCACUGGAAACACCAUUCUGGGAAGACAGUGCUUUGAAUCAAAGUUCAGUGCUAAGUCUAUGACUGUACACUGUUCUAAGGGCAGAGGUGAGGUGUUUGGACAACAGGUUACUGUAAUCGACACUCCGGGCCUGUUUGACACCAGGUUUGGCAUGGAUAGAACAACUAAAGACCUAACCCAGUGCAUCAGUUAUGCUUCUCCUGGACCCCAUGUCUUCCUGGUGGUCAUCAGACUGGGAAGAUACACUGAAGAAGAAAUGAAGACGGUGCAGAGGAUUCAAGAAAUCUUUGGCCAGGCUGCUGACAGAUACAGCAUGGUGCUCUUUACUGGUGGUGAUGAACUAGAUACCACUAUUGAGGAGUUCUUGUGUGAAAGUUCAGACCUGCAGGAAGUUGUAUCCAGAUGUAACAACCAGUAUCAUGUCUUCAAUAAUAAGCUGAAGGAUCGUACUCAGGUCACUGAGCUGCUCCAGAAGAUCAGAAAUAUAGUCCAGAAGAACGGAGGAAGCCACUACACCAACGAGAUGUUCAAAGAGGCUGAGAGGGCAAUUGAGGAGGAGAAACAGCGCAUCCUCAAAGAGAAAGAAGAAGAAAUACGUAGAGAACAAGAAGAACUGGAGAGGAAACUAAAGGAAAACCGUGAAAAAGAGAUGGAGAAAAUGAUUGCUCAAUUUCAGGCUGAGAGAGAGAGGGAGAUGAAAGAGAGGACAAGUAAAGAGGAGGAGGAGAGAGAGGCAGAGAGAAAGAGAGAUAGAGAAGAGAGAGAAAGGGAGAAGGAGGAGAUGGAGAAGGAGAGGAAGAGGGAGAAGGAGGAGAUGGAGAAGGAGAGAGAGGAGAGGGAGAAAGAGCGGAAGAGGGAGAGAGAGGAGAGGGAGAAAGAGUGGAAGAGGGAGAGAGAGGAGAGAGAGGCAGAGAGGAAGAGAGAGAGAGAGGAGAGAGAAAGGGAGAUGACAAACAUGAUGAAUGAAUUAAAGGAACAGCAGGACAGAGAAGUCAAAGAGGAAAGAGAUAGGUUGCAGCACAGACAUGAGAAUGACGCCAGAGAGCAAGCUGAGGAGUCUAAUCCAGUAUAUUAUCUGACGAAAGCUGCUCAAGAAAUGGCUGAAGCCGUUAAAAAGAUAUGUGAAUGUUUUGUAAACUUGGGAGUGGCAAUACGGAGUGUUCCCAUAUUCAGGUAG